AUGCUGGCCGUCAGACAAAGAGCGGCCUAUGUCGCCCGAAGGGCUAGGCCGGCAGCCAUCGCCCCGCGACAGGCCACCCGAUCGUACGCAUCCGACCAUGGCCACGGCGACCACCACGACCACCACCACGCCCCGCAGGUAGAGGAGUCGCCAGGACUGGGCCUGUACAUCUCCCUCGGCGCCAUCGGCCUCUCCAUGUUCGCCUACUCCAUCUCCCGCGACGAGAACUCCAGCCUGGCCAAAUGGGUGGACAGCUUCAGGGCUGAGUCCCAGCAGACGUGGGAGUACAGAAACACUCUCCGCUCCGACAUCAAGGACCAGGCGGCCCGGGACAAGCAUCUAUUCGCGACGUCGCAGAAGGACCCGGGAUACGAGCUGAGGACACCAGAGCUCAUCGACUCCGGAAGCCCCAACAACGUCCCGGCCGGCCACUACGCCAACCUGGACCAGGUCAUACAGCACUACCAAAAGCAGCAUCUGGACGAGGAGGCAAGGAAAGCGAAGAAGCUGGGGCUGGCGAAGACGGAGUAA